CGAAUUCCUUCCUGCGUAGUAAUUUACUGCGCAACUCGAUUCUCAUGACGUAUUAAUAUUGUGCUUGAAACAAGGAUUCAAAUGUUGCGAUCAAAUUUUAAUAAAACGAUCUUUUUCAACAACAAGCAUGUGAUCAGAACUAAAUAAAAUGUUUAUUACGUUUAUAAAUAUAUGUUAAAAAAUAUCUUCAAUUUAUGAAAAGGAGAUAAUUAAAAAUAGAAAAAAAAAAAGAUAAAACAUAAGUACCGCGAAUUGAAUUAGAAUUCAAAUCUCCUUCUCCCUUGUGAAUAUUUUAUAUUAACCUACUUUUCUCUACUAACUUUUAAAAAACAAUAACACACACGCAUAUUCUAUAAUAUAAUAAUUUUGUUCAAUUUGCCAUAGGAAUGACGAUCGAGGUCGAAUAGAUAUAUUUCUGAUUUCAAAGUGCUAAUGUCAAUUCAUUAUCUUUCUCUACAUAUAUACAUAUGAACGAUAAAUGGCAUUUCGUGAAUAAUUACGUUCUAUGAGAUGUGGCUCUUAAAAGGGACACGCGAACGGAUUAUUAAUCGUAAAAUCUCGUUUUCAGCUUACGAGAUAUAUUUACGAGAUCAUUAUUAAUUUUAACGAAUAAAAGUGUCUUCAAAAGGAAAAACUGAAAACUGGACGCUAACAGCGUUCAAACAGUAACCUUAUUGAGAAAAUUUUAUCUACCCUGUUUAUGGUGUUUCUUUCUUUGCUCUUAUAUAUUCGAAAAAGAGGAGUGCAUGCACCAGUUGCCCACGAAGAAUGAGAACGGAUGCGUUUCUUGCUACUAUAUUAAAUAUUAUUUGGAUAGAGGAGAUUCGAACGUUUAUCAAAACGCGCCAAAAAUUAAUUUAGAAAAUUCUUAUACUUUGUGGAAAGCUGAGAAAAAUUCCGAGACGAAGCUCGCAAGACGUACCAACGGUUACACCCAAACUUCUAGAAAACGUAAAGGAAAACGUGCAAAUUUUAAUAAAGGAGGUACGGCUCGUUUAAAGUGCAGAGAGGGCACGUUUCGCGUGCAUAAAAUUUAUGGAGAUGGAAACUGCAUGUUCCGUGCGCUCAGCUAUAUUCUUUGGCAAAAUGAAGAUGAACAUCAAUAUUUGCGUAACAUGGUUGCUAAAUAUAUAAAGAAUAAUUGGCACGAGUAUGGUCCUUUCGUAAUGGCCGAGUGGAAUAUAUCACAUCCUGAAGAAUAUUAUGAGCACAUGAGAAUGGUUGGGACGUUUGCAAGCGAACUUGAAUGCACGGUAGCAACAAAGCUUCAUCAUAUGAAUCUCUCCAUCUAUCGUGAGAUUGAAGGCAAGGAUGAAUUGGAACGUGUUUUCCACAGUCAUGUUGACUAUUAUUACGAGACUGCCAGAUUGCUCUUCACCGGACUUUCGGAAAGCGGUCAUUACGAUGUUUUACUCAACGAUUAACUAUAUAUUUUCUUUUUAGAGAAUUCUUCUUUUUUAUUAUUACAUAUAUAUAUGUAUGUGUGUGUAUAUGUGUGCGUGUGUGAAAAAGGGAAAAUAAAAUAUUUUCU